UUGCAGGAGUGGGACUUCUGUUUCCACCAAUGCGGGAGGUUCUUGUUCUGCAGGUCUCGCGUCUGCCAGGAGCUACGGCCGGAAGAUGGCGGCGGCCGCAGAGUUGUCGCUACUGGAGAAGUCCCUGGGACUGAAUAAGGGGAAUAAAUACAGUGCUCAGGGCGAGCGACAGAUUCCAGUUCUUCAGACAAACAAUGGUCCAAGUCUAACAGGAUUGACUACUAUAGCAGCUCAUCUAGUCAAGCAAGCCAACAAAGAAUAUUUGCUGGGGAGUACUGCAGAAGAAAAAGCAAUCGUUCAGCAGUGGUUAGAAUACAGGGUCACUCAAGUAGAUGGACACUCCAGUAAAAAUGACAUCCACACACUGUUGAAGGAUCUUAAUUCAUAUCUUGAAGAUAAAGUCUACCUUACAGGGUAUAACUUUACAUUAGCAGAUAUACUAUUGUACUAUGGACUUCAUCGCUUUAUAGUUGACCUGACAGUUCAAGAAAAGGAGAAAUAUCUUAAUGUGUCUCGCUGGUUUUGUCACAUUCAGCAUUAUCCAGGCAUCAGGCAACAUCUGUCUAGUGUUGUCUUCAUCAAGAACAGACUAUAUACUAAUUCUCACUAGAAGCUGUCCAUGCCAUACAGAAGAUCUAUUAAAAACGUUUUAAAUGGAAAACAUACUCUAGACCACAGGACUAAUGUAAAUUAAUAUACAGUCAUUCAUUAUUUGUUGAAGUUGAUAGAAUUUUUGAAGUGUAAACUUGUGUCUGAAUGUUUUAUUUGUUCUUUAGUUGAAGUUUUGCAAUUUUUAUGUCAAAAUUCAAUUGCUAUUAAACAAGUUGAGAUCAAGUUAUAAAUUAACCUUGUUUUUAAUAGAUGACAUUUAUUUCAAUAAAAGUUGCAAAUCGGGCUUAAUCUUAAAAUUGGUGGUCAUUUCAAUGGUUGACAUAUUUGGCUAUUUAUUAACCUCUCUUUCAUAUUCUAAAAUUCAUUUUCCCCUUAUGGAUAUUUAUGGUAGUUUGUUAAGAACUGUGAUAAAUUGUGCCAAGGAAGCCAAAAGGGAAGACGGAUGGAUUUGUUUUAAAAUAUUUAUGUGAGCUAGUAAAUGUGGUUGAAAAAAUAUUUUUUCGUCGUUUCUUUCUUUCUGUAGUCAGUACUCAUUGGGGUGAAACUAACUACUGAACUGCCCUACGGGAAACUGGAGUAAGAUACAUUCCUCUUGAGUUAAUGAUUCUUUUUUGUUGUUGGGCUUAUUGUAAUAUGCAGUGGCCAAAAAGAGAUGGGAAAUUCUUCCUCCUGUAAGGAGGAAAAUAAAAAAGAGAUGGGAAAGUCUUACUGUCUCACUAAUUUUGGAUUUUUAAUUACUAGAUUUUUUCUAAACUGAAAGCCAACUCUCAUGGAAAGACUGCUGUUAAAGUGCUGUGUGAAGAACAGAGGCACUUUAUUAAAAGAUCUGUAUAUUUGAUAACUUGCUGGUUGAAUAAAUAAUAGUUAUCAUAGAGCUAAAGACCUUAUCUUUACAAAUAAUGAGAAAAAUGGGGUCUUCGGGGGCUUUCCCGUUUAAUGCUACUUAAUGUUUUGGUGUUGAUGCUGAGUCUGACCAGUGGACCCUUCAAAGUUCUAGCAGAACUUUAAACAAAGCAGUCAAUCAUAUUUUCUUAAUUUCUACAAAUAAAAAGAUAAUGCUAAAUAAGGAUUAAAGUAGACAACAUGAAGAAAAAUGCCUAGUAUGUAGCUCUUGGCAAUCAGUAAGGUUAGUUUCCUUUCUCUUCUCCAGGCAAAUCAUGAUUGUUUUGUUUAUAAGAAAAUGAGGAUUGUAACAGGCCCCCAUGUUUGUCUCUGAAGUGACUGAGUCAGGAGACUUCACAGGCCAGGUGUGUGGGCACAGGCACGCCUCAUUUUACUGCAUCUUCAUCUUCAACACGUGGAAGGUUUGUGGCAACCCUGCUUCGAGCGAGACUAUUGGCACCAUUUUUCCGUCAGCUUGUGCUUGCUUCAUGUCUCUGUGUCACAUUUUGGUAAUUCUCACAUUAUUUUGAAUUUUUUUCAUUACUCUAUCUGUUAACAGUGAUCUGUGUCCCAUGAUCUUUGUUACUAUUGUUAUUAUUUUUGGGGUGCCACAAGCCAUGCCCAUAUAAGACUUCAGACUUAAUAAAUGUUGUGUGUGUUCUGACUGCUCCACUGA